AUGACAUCUGCCACAAUAGCCGAUUCAGCAUUAUCUUCAACACCCAUUGCCGAGUCGACGUCUGCCACAAUCGCUCCUUCAGCAACAUUUACAACUCUUGUUACCAAGACGACAUCUGCCUCCAUCACAAUUUCAGCAGCAUCUUCAAUUCACGUCAUCUACGCAAUCAUCGUCAACAGUGACACCUCCAUCAACAACUACUACCCACACGAUGAGUACAACAACUGCCAAAUCAUCAGCGUCUUCUACGCUGUCAGCAUCAACAAUAACACCUUCAGCAACAACUACUACCCAAUCGACAACUGCCACAACCCCCCCAUCAUCAGCAUCAUCUACGCAAACAACUCAUCAUCAACAGUGACACCUCUUGCAACAAAUACUACCCAAGCCACGACUACCACAACCCCCGCAUCAUCAGCUACUUCUACGCAGUCAUCAUCAACAGUGACACCUCCGGCAACAACUACUACCCAAUCGACGACUGCCACAACCCCUGCAUCAUCUUUACCAUCUUCCACGCAGUCAUCGUCGACAGUGACACCUCCGGUAACAACUACUACCCAAUCAACAACUGCCACAACCACCACAUCAUCAGCAUCAUCUUUACCAUCUUCCACGCAGACAUCAUCAACAGUGACACCUCCGGCAACAACUACUACCCAAUCGACAACUACCACAACUGCCACAUCAUCAUCUACUUCUACACAGUCAUCAUCAACAGUGACACCUCCGGCAACAACUACUACCCAAUCCACGACUACCACAACCCCCGCAUCAUCAGCUACUUCUACGCAGUCAUCAUCAACAGUGACACCUCCGGCAACAACUACUACCCAAGCCACGACUACCACAACCCCUGCAUCAUCAGCUACUUCAACGCAGUCAUCAUCAUCAGUGACACCGCCAGCAACACCUACUACCCAAACGACGACUGCCACAACCCCUGAAUCAUCUUUACAAUCUUCCACGCAGACAUCAUCAACAGUGACACCUCCAGCAACAACUACUACCCAAUCGACAACUGCCACAACUGCUACAUCAUCAUCUACUUCUACGCAGUCAUCAUCAACAGUGACACCUCCGGCAUCAACUACUACCCAAGCCACGACUACCACAACCCCCGCAUCAUCAGCUACUUCUACGCAGUCAUCAUCAACAUCAUUGUCAACCGUGACACCUGCGGCAACAACUACUAACCAAGUGUUAACCUCUAACCUCGUGUUUCAAGGUCGCCUACAGUCCAGUCUGCGGGUGACGGAUAAGACGUACACGCCUGAACUCUCCAACCCCUCGAGUCCUCAGUUUCAGGAGGAAGCUGCAGAAUUCUGCAACCAGGUAUGA